AUGCCUCUCGCCAGUCGUAACAACAACCAGAAUAGCCAGAUGGGCUCUGGCCUCCCGAUUGCCGCUCCAGUGUUGGAACAUUUAUGCCUCUUUACCCACGAUCUGAAACGGAAACAGAAAAGAUGGCAGGACGGCCGCCUGAAAUUUCAUACGUUCAACAAGCGCAUCAUGGUCUACGAUGAAAGAGGAAAUUUCAUCGGCGAUAUGCACUGGCGGGAAGACUUCGACUUUGGUGAAGGCGAAGAAUUCAACUUGGAACGCGGAGCCGUCAUUGUUCAAGUCGCCGAGUGUAUCGGUAGCAAGGAUCAAGACUUGACUGAGCUCCUCGACAAGAGAGCCAAGGAGCCACACGACCAUCGGUCCAGCACCCCCAAGCCCAAUAUCGGCAACGAUAUUUAUCUGACGUCUUCACUACUCCCCGCGGCCCACAGGGGAGGGCCGUGA